GCUUUGGCUCUUCCUUUAAGCGAAUCUGCGGUUUGACCGACCGGUCGUCUUCAAUGCGAUCAUGUUUCUCCUUUUGCUUCCCUUUGUAACGUGCUAAUUGCUGGUGCCUGCGCUGCAUUACAUUGCCCUUUGUCUCGUUUGGCACGCGCGUGCUUCUGGGUGUCGGUUGUUUUCCCUUUCUUGGGCUGAAUUUGAUGCGAGAUUUGACAGGGAUUCAGUGGGUUGUGUGAGCCGUGUCGCGUGCUUUUGCGUAGAUGAGCAUAUGGGCUUGCUUGGAGAGUGACCCUCGAUUGGGUGAGGGUUUUGACAAUAGGAAAAGAUGAUGGUGCAGAUUCUCUGUGCUGUGUGAAGGUUUUUCAAGUUUGUCGUCUGUUGAUGAACAUCCCCAUGUUUUCGUUCGGUCUGUUGCAUUUUCGCUUUCAGAGUCUGGUAUCGGAUAACUAUGGUUCUUUCUCUUAGUGUGGGCUAUCUUGGUUACUUGUUUUUAUGUGCACGAUGAGUAUUAGCAGUGACAGGGCUCGGAUUAUAAUUUCUGCUGAACGAAUGAGAGGCAAUGUAGGUCUAAUUAUGUUGAUCCUGUGCACGAAUGCUUAUAGUUUAUGCCUUUUGGACUUUUGCAAUUGGGAAGGAGUCUUCCCGAUCCAUGAAUUCGUUGGAAAUUUUCUUGAGGGCAAAAUUAAAGAUAUAGGCUGUUUGAAUUUCUUUUCUUUAAGGAGGUUUCGUGCAUUCGAUUGCAGACACUCUCCCCAAUAUAAGUCUAUACGUGAUGACCAUUCUUGCUUUGUGUACGCCAGAAAAGGCAUCUGCUCUUGUUUACUUAGUUUUAUUUGGACAUGGAAAUGCAGGCUAUUUAGAAGUAUUUUUUUACUUUUAGGUGAAACUGAUAGUUAAAUCUUCGCUUCACAGUGCCUUCUAUAAAACUAUGAUGGGUUCACUUGAUGACAGAUCGGAUGAUGAAUACUCUGUCAUUGGUGAUAAGGGAGAAAUUUCAUUCAUUGAUUAUCAGAGAGACCAGUCUGUUUGUAAUUAUGAUCUCAAUGAAGAUGAUCCAGUCGUGGUUUCUGUUCCAUUCGCUUUUGUUGAUGGAAAGCCGCGGUCAGUAUUUGUUGGGGAAACCGCUGCAGAUUCAAUCUCCAUAACAAACAACACCGAUGACCAAAUAGACAUCUGGUCCAUAAAAAUAUAUGCCUCAACUCCUGAGAAUUCAUUUACGCUUUCUUUGAUGGAACCGGUGUCAGAAAAUUCAGGUGUAAAUGCCAUUCAAGGUUUCCUCGAGUCGUUUUCCUUGGAGGACAGAGUGCUGCAGCCAGGAGAGACUCUAACUGUCUGGUUGUCUUGCAAACCAAAGGAAAUUGGGUUGUACACAUCGGUGGUCCAUAUUGAUGUGGGGGAUAAGAUAGAAAGAGUCGUUUUUCUCUUGGUAGAUAACAAGAUUUCCAGGUCCUUGGUUUCGAAAAAACCAUACGUAAGAGGCACCAGAAAGAAACAUUUUGAUGUGGAUACAUAUGUUGUUGGUUCGCGUCCAGCAAGAAUUACAACCCGCUUUAAGAAAAGGCUCCCUCAGUAUCCAAUUCCAAAGGAAGUGAGAGAAUUGAUAGAGAACAAGCAGAUUCCUGCUGCAAUAAGAGGAGGUCUAACCAGAGCAAAUUAUGCUCCUUUCUUCAAAACAUUGGUAAACAUGGAAGAACUGAAACUGGAGGAUGAUAUGAGAUCUUUUGAUAUGGAAAAUGUUACUAUGAGAAGAAAAGGGACUCAGUACCUGACCCUCGAAGUGCCUGGACUUGCUGAGAGACGACCUUCACUGGUCCAUGGAGAUUUCAUUUUUGUAAAGUUGGCUUCUGAUGAAGCUGCUAACAGCGCUCCUUACCAGGGCUAUGUACACCGUGUUGAAGCUGAUGAAAUUUACUUAAAGUUUGCCAAGGAUGUCCAUGUGCGCCAUAGGGAUGAGAGUUUAUACAAUGUUCAGUUCAGUUAUAACCGAGCCAACAUGAGAAGAUUAUACCAGGCAGUUGAUGCUGCCAAAGAUUUAGAUGAAGCGAUGCUUUUUCCCUCUAAUUUGCGACGGAAGAGGCGGAUUUCAACAACGCCACUGGUUCCUUUUAGUCGUAUUCUGAAUGAGGAGCAAAUAUGUUCGGUUGAGAUGAUCCUCGGCUGCAAAGGAGGGCCACCAUAUGUAGUUUAUGGUCCUCCAGGUACGGGUAAGACCAUGACUAUAGUGGAAGGAAUAAUGCAGCUUUAUGAAAAUCGUGCGGAUACCCGAAUCCUUAUCUGCACUCCAUCAAAUAGUGCUGCUGACCACAUUCUAGAGAAGCUUCUUGGGGAGGAGGUUGUGAAAAUUAAGGAAAAUGAGAUAUUCAGACUUAAUGCGACUAAUCGAGCUUAUGAGGAUGUCAAACCCGAUCAUAUUCGGUUUUGCUUUUUCGAUGAGCUUGUUUUCAAAUGUCCUCCAAUCAGAGCUCUCAUGCGCUACCGGAUUAUCAUCUCGACUUAUAUGAGUGCUUAUCUUCUUUCUGCUGAGGGUGUGGAGCGAGGCCACUUCUCUCAUAUCUUUUUGGAUGAGGCUGGCCAAGCUUCAGAACCAGAAAGCAUGAUCCCUCUCUCUAACCUCUGCCAACGUGAUACUGUUGUUGUUCUUGCGGGUGACCCGAUGCAAUUAGGUCCUGUGGUGUACUCAAAAACAGCUGAAGAUUAUGGAUUGGGAAAAUCAUACCUGGAGAGGUUGUUUGAUUGUGAAUUUUACUUCGAUGGUGACGAGAAUUUUGUGAAAAAGCUUAUCCGAAAUUACCGAAGUCACCCAGAAAUUCUGCACUUGCCUUCAGAGCUAUUUUAUAAUGGAGAAUUGAUAGCAUGUAAGGAUGAUGCAAGGUGUCUUAGCACAGAGGUGAACCUCAUUCCUAACUGCAAAUUUCCUGUUCUCUUUAUUGGUAUUCAAGGAUGCGAUGAGAGGGAAGGAAAUAAUCCUUCAUGGUUUAAUAGAAUUGAGGCAAGUAAGGUAAUACAAGUCAUCGAGAGGAUCAUAGCAUGUGAGGAAAUUAACGAGAAUGACAUUGGCGUAAUAACACCUUAUCGCCAGCAAGUACUUAAAUUAAAGACAUCUCUCGAAAGUCUAGAUUUGCCCAAUAUCAAGAUUGGAAGUGUCGAGCAAUUCCAAGGGCAGGAAAGCAAGGUUAUCAUAGUAUCCACAGUUCGAUCUACCAUAAAGCACAAUGAGUUUGACAGGGUCCACUGUUUAGGAUUCUUGAGCAAUCCGAGAAGAUUUAAUGUGGCUAUUACUCGGGCUAUAUCCUUGCUUAUCAUUGUUGGGAAUCCUCAUAUUAUAACCAAGGAUCCAUACUGGAACAAGCUCUUGUGGUAUUGUGUGGACAACAAUUCUUAUCAGGGUUGUGCUCUUCCUGAGAGGGUCGAGGAAUCUGUUGAGGAUUAUGCAGGUUAUGAGGAAGAAAUCCCCCAGCAAGGGGAAGAAAACGAUUACUAUGAAGAACCCCGUCAAACAGAGGCUCCUCUGCCAGUUACAAAUGAAGAUGAAUGGUCAGAUGGCUGGAAGUAAGUUGUUGGAAUGUCUGCAAAUAUAGACAGAAGGCAGGUGAAUGAACCUCUUGACUUUAUAGGGCAUCGAUGCGAUAUAACUAUGCGAGUGGAUAACAAAUUAGGUGAUGGGCUGUUGGAUGUGGCCUUCCAGUCAUAAGGAGGAACCCGGGCUAGGCGUGAUUAUCGUAUUGCUCUAGCUUUUGUUGUCGGCCUUCGUGGCUUUCGACUUGGAAUGUGUCAAUAUUCCCCCUGUUUGUCCUUUUCUAGGGAUAGAAGUUAGCUGGUUUGCAUUGCCGACCUCGUUUCGAAUGAACAAUGAAGCAGAUGUCUUCAGAAAGUUUGAUUAUCGAUGUGAGAAUGCGGUUGUUGUCUAUACGGAGAAACGCUAGAUUGGAAUUUUCUUUCCAUUAUGUCAUGGACCUUAUUCUUUAUUCUCGAUGUUGUCAUUCAAACAGAGGUUACCAUGUUUGAAAUGAACAUCUCGACUUUCUAA